AUGAGGAUGCCUAUCCUACAGCUGUUCACAUCGGGUGAGGUACAGCCAAUGCUUGUAUCGCAGCCCCCUUAUACCUUUCCUCAGCCUGUUUAUCAAGUUCCUCAGCAUGUUAAUGCUUCCCAGCCUGUUUAUCAGGUUCCUCAACCCAUAUAUAAUGCACCUCAACCUGUCUAUGCGCCUCAGCCCAAUUAUAAUGCACCCGUAGUCUAUACUACGCAGCCUCCGACACAGUCAGCAUCUGGAGGAGACAAUUUGACAGGUCAAGAUGAUGUAUGGAGUCGGAAGUGUAUUCCGAAGGUCGAUAAAACGCGUGGACUGAUCCUCCUCAUUCUGUCCAUUUUCAUCCCAGGAGUGUUAAAUGCAGGAAUCUCAACCUCUAUCGGCGGUUGCAUGGAUGAUAGAGGGUGUAAUUGUGGCCUGGUUUGCCUUGGAAUCCUUCAAUUUAUCCUUGCCUAUUUUUUCGUUGGUUACAUAUGGGCAAUUGUUACUGGUGUUAUGACGUUUGUAAAUGCUUAUGGCCAACUGUAA